AAAUGCGUGUAAUAAUGUGGUAAACGACGACGACGGGGCCGUACAAACGCUACCGUGUUUGAUGUUGCUAUUGCCUCUUGUCCCUUAGCUUCUACGCCGCCGUUUCAUUCCCCCGAUUCCCACGAUUAUAACAAUCCAACUUUCGAUCAAAUUCAGGUCAAUGGCAUCUUCUUCAGACCCAUGGGUAAAAGAAUAUAACGAAGCAGUUAAAAUUGCAGAUGAUAUCAAUGGCAUGAUAUCUGAAAGGAGUUCCUUGCCUGCAUCAGGACCAGAAACUCAGCGUCAUGCAUCUGCAAUAAGAAGGAAGAUUACGAUUUUAGGGACUAGACUAGAUGGAUUGCAGUCCCUUUUAUCUAGACCUACUGGGAAGCCCUUAACAGAGAAGGAGAUGAAUCGACGCAAGGACAUGGUUGCAAAUUUGAGAUCAAAAGCUAACCAGAUGGCUUCUGCAUUCAACAUGUCAAACUUCGCUAACAGAGAUAGCUUGCUGGGCCCAGAAAUUAAGCCAGAUGCCAUGAGUAGAACAGUUGGUUUGGAUAACUCUGGCCUUGUUGGUCUUCAACGGCAAAUAAUGAAAGAGCAAGAUGAGGGCCUUGAGAAGUUGGAGGAGACAGUAGUAAGCACAAAGCAUAUUGCAUUGGCGGUCAAUGAAGAACUUGAUCUGCACACCAGACUCAUUGAUGACCUGGACAGACAUGUGGAUGUUACUGAUUCUCGCCUAGCGAGAGUGCAGAAAAACCUGGCAAUUUUGAACAAGCGUACCAAAGGUGGUUGUUCCUGUAUGUGCAUGCUUUUAGCUGUUAUCGGGAUCGUGAUUCUGGUUGUCGCCAUAUACCUACUGAUCAAAUUCUUGUAAUACCAACAACAGCCAAAAAACACAACAAGCUUGUUGCAAGCUUCUUGUUUUGUGUGUGUCUGUGUGGAAUUGGUUCUCAAUUAUUACUUCCAUGUUGGGAAACUUCUCGUUUUGCUUUCUCAUCCCUUUCUCUUUGUAUC